AUGUCAAGAACACUGUCUCCGCGCAAGAAGCCCGUUCAAUCCGUGACUUCCGACUAUCCAUGGAGAUCCGACAACCCAUUCGGUCCUCCUCAAGUACAGCGGUCCGUCCCUAGCGGUAUCAAACGACUCCGAGACACCCUCUCAAAGCUGUCGCCAUCCGCCUUUGCAGAAAAGGACCUCCUCCGAAAGAAGAGCCAGUACAAAACCCCUCUAACAGAGAGAAACGUCGACACCUUGGUCACCGAGCAAGAAUGCAAUGCAGCCUACAAGCCCAAUCUACACUCGCCCGAGAUCCAAGUCACUGAAUGGUUACAGCGAGUCUCGUGA